AUGGGAGCUUACAACUCCGGUUCUGGAAAUGCACCGACCCCAAAUUGUACGCCAAGUGGACUUUCAACUGUAACCGUUGUGGUUUUAAGGUAAACAAACACACAGUUGUCUGCUCCAAUCAUUUUAAAUAUGGAAGGCCCACAAAGUUGAGUCCAAUUCCAACUCUGUACUUGAAAGGAUACGAACCUGACGAUACAGAAACAAGACAAGUCAGGGGAGUACUGAAAAGAAGGAGUAUCGAAGAGGUAGGAUGUGUGAAUACACCAUUCAAGAAAAGGAAAGUGAAUCAAUCUGCUCUUUUGAAGGAAAACACUGCCUCUGUGCCAGAAAAUUUGCAGCCAGACACAACAAACUCUGGGUCAGUCCCAUGUCCAACACCAGUACCAAGUCAGCCAACACUAUCCUCUGGAACUAAAAAGAAAGUGCCUACCGGUAGUAUUUGUACAAAUGAUGAUGCAAAAGUGCCCAGAUCAUUAAAGAAAAAAAUGUCUUGGGAUAUGAUCAAGGGAAGGAAACGCCUGGUAAAAUUUUAUACUAGGUGUCCAACUGCAGAAGUAUUUAUGUUUAUCGUUGACCAUGUUCGACCAAAACAUAAAAAAACUGCAAUAUUAUCGUGGUUCAUCAUCCACUAUAACAACACCCAAGAAAUACCAAAUAAGCCCUGUCACUCAAUUCUGUCAACGAAAACCUGGGAAACCUCGUGUGUUGUCUUUAGAAGAUGA